UACUUUAACUGGUUGUAGAAUGUAGGUAUGAGAUUGUGAACUGUAUAUAUUUUUGAAAAGUCUUCGUAUUUUUAUAAUUAGUAAAUGUGCGUGUUUUGACCAGUUACUAAUUUAUUUUGCAUUUUUUAAUGUAAAUAGUCAAUAAUAUACUUCAAUUUAUCUGUCUACUGUAUUAAAUUUUAAUGUCUAAGUUCGUUCUGAGAAUUUAAAAUCAAUUGUCUGAUUUUAAGGUUAUAAUUGUAAACAGUUCUGUUUAAAAUGGCAAAUGUUUUCAAAUCUGUUAGAAUUUGGACAUUAUUAGAUAAUGGAAAAAUAUGCCCUGUAGUAAAAGAUACUGUAAUUUUAAAAAUGAACUAUGAUCCUCACGGAUUUAGUAUAAAAGUUGAAACAGAAAACAAUCAAAAGAAGACAAAAUCAGUAUUCCUAGAAAUUCCGUUAACACACGAGACUGAAUGUUCGAAAGUAUCAGCUUAUAGUUAUGUUCUUACUAUCGACCCUGAAAGCUAUUUAUUAACUUUUGAAGAUAAGAAUGAUUUCCAGAAAUUUCAUAUACAAAUCUUGAAAUUAAAAAAAAAAAAAGCUUGUUCUGUUUUUAAUGAUCGUACUGAAGAAUCUUCGGCUAUGCAGUAUUUUCAAUUUUAUGGUUAUCUUUCACAACAACAAAAUAUGAUGCAGGAUUAUGUCCGAACAAGCACAUAUCAGCGAGCCAUAUUAGGGAAUUCCGUGGAUUUUAAAGAUAAAAUUAUCUUAGAUGUUGGUGCAGGAUCUGGAAUUUUAUCUUUUUUUGCUGUUCAAGCAGGAGCAAAAAAGGUCUACGCUGUCGAAGCUAGUAACAUGGCUUACCAUGCUGAAUUAUUAGUUGCAGCAAAUAAUUUAUCAAGCAAAAUCAUUGUUGUUGCUGGAAAAAUUGAAGAAAUUGAAGUUCCUGAAUUAGUUGAUUGUAUUGUAAGUGAACCGAUGGGUUACAUGUUGUAUAACGAAAGAAUGCUUGAGACUUAUUUACAUGCUAAAAAAUGGCUCGUACCAGGUGGUAGAAUGUUUCCAUCUAGAGGAGACUUACAUAUAGCACCAUUUUCAGAUGAAAAUUUAUAUAUGGAACAAUUCAACAAAGCAAAUUUUUGGUAUCAAACAUGUUUUCAUGGCGUAGAUUUAUCAGUAAUGCGAAGUCACGCAAUAAAAGAGUAUUUUAGACAGCCAAUAGUUGAUACUUUCGAUAUUCGAAUAUGUAUGGCUAAAUCUGUUCGUCAUGUAGUAGAUUUCCAGUCAGCCAAGGAAACUGAUUUGCAUAACAUAGGAAUCGAUGUAGAUUUUCAUAUUCUUGAGAGUGGAACGUGUCAUGGUCUAGCUUUUUGGUUUGAUGUAGCAUUUAUUGGUUCUACACAACAAGUUUGGUUAAGUACUGCUCCAACGGAGCCGUUGACUCAUUGGUAUCAAGUUCGAUGCUUAUUGGAAAAUCCUUUAUUUUGUAAAAGUGGACAACUUUUAUCUGGUAGAGUUAAUUUAAUUGCCAAUAAAAGACAAUCGUACGAUGUGACUAUUGAAUUAAAGUUAGAAGGCACAAAUUUGGGUAGCAGUAAAAAUACAUUAGAUCUUAAAAACCCAUACUUUAGAUACACUGGGGCAGCGGCACAACCUCCGCCUGGAUUAAAUAAUACAUCACCCAGUGAGUCAUAUUGGAAUACUAUCGAUGCUCAAGGUGCUAGACAAGCUGUAAAUAUGGUCAACGGAAUAUCAAUAAAUGGUCUUGGUGAAGUAUCCAUGGAAGCUGGAUCUGCAGUACAUUCAAGCACCUUAAUAGCAGUUGGUCAGCCAAAUAUUCAUCCUGGUUUGAUAUCUAGUACAGGCCGUGGUAGAGUCUCAGUUUCUGCAACAAGUACGCAAGCUGCCCAAUUAAUUGGCGGCGGUAUAACUCCUAAUUUGUUUACAUCACCAAGUACGAUUUGCAGUCAUCGACCCUGAAAACUAACAGUCAUCAAACCAUAUACGAAGCCACUGUUAAGUGAUUUACCAAGAUACUUUCUCCAAGACGACAUCAUAAAUAUAUAUAUAUAUAUAUAUAUAUAUAUAUAUAUAUAUAUAUAUAUAUUCGAUUGAUUCAAACCGAAUAUUUAUUGAUUUUUUUACAUUUAGUAUUUAAUGCAUGUCAUAUUGAUUCAUGAUAGUUAAUCUUGUGUAUAAAGUUAUAACAGCACAUAUGAUCUUAUCGAACCUUAUUCAUAUUGCUGUUGACAUAAAAAACUGACCCUAUCGACCACUGUCAAUACAAAAUGAAGCAUUUUUUGAUAUGCUACAACUAAUCAAUUUAUUUACUUAUGUCAAAAUAAAAAAA